CAUCUGAACAACCAUCCUGCAGAUCCAUUCACUUACAUCCAAAUUCGAGUACAUAUCCGGAGUUGAGACGAGAUAUAAUCUGGAUUAUUCUUUGCUUGAGUCGUUGACGACCCGCAUAUAACAUAACCCAACGUACCAACCCAUCAACACGGCACAAUCACACUCCCUCAAGAUGCAUUGCUACUGUGCUAACUACUAUGGCGCUGUCAACUGCCACAACAAAGUCUCUCAGUUCGGGGAGCGUUGCAAGCUGUGCACCGUCAUGAACGAGGGCGCAUCUGCGACGUACGAACAGUUCAACGCACAGCAAGCGUACUAUGAUGCCCAUUCGUCGUCUCAUUCUUCGCAUUCAUCCCGGGACGACUCGAGUCAGAUUGAGUCCCGGGGUCGCACGCGGGAGCGCAAGAACAAGGAGUCUCGACGACAGAAGAGUUGAACAAUUCGAUGAUUACAUAGAACAUGUAAAUAAAACACACUCGAAAAGAACAGAUCAGGCCAACAGGCUCACAAAAACACACGAUACGUCGUGCACACAGCGGACAACAUGAGGUUUCAUAACCACACAACACACAACAUUUGAGGAAGAAAUGGUCUCGUUCAGCGUCGGUUAUUACGGGAGGUAGAAUUGCUUCAAAAGUCACAAUGACAAAUUCACUGGCGUUCCGGUUUGGGUUGAUCAACGAUCAUAACUACCAUUAUACGACUCGGAUGAGUCCAAAUCACAGAUUAUGGUGUAAUCAUGGUUUCACUAUAGAGGAAACAAACUACUCCACAUAAUAGAUUUUACCUCUAGAUAAGAGCAGAGAGACGGGUAAUAAUACGGGAUGCAAUACUAUCA